AUGGAUAAUCUAGCUGUUGCGCAUCUGGUCCUGCGCUUAACUCGGCCUCCACCCAACAAUCCUUUUGGACCACCUAAAAUAAGACAUGACGAUUACUUCAUUCGACUUACCGAGGCCGAAACGGGGACGGACGCCGCAUACAAAAUCAUCAAACAUCUGUGCAAAUGGGAUUUUCCAUCCAAAGAGAAACACUUGGAGAAAAGUUUCGUGGAUCGAAAAUACGAAGACGAUAAGGAGAGAAGUCAAGAUGAGGAUGAGAAUGACCAAGAAUACGAAGUUCGGAUGCAAUGGACACGCGACAGGCCCUAUCGACAAGCUGAUUGCCAGGCUCGAUGGCUAAAGUGUGCUGUAAUCAUGGGUCGUGCCCUUGAUUUUCUUGAGCAAGCCCACCGCGAAUACGGGGAUCUUUCUGGCAAAUCCGGUAUACAUAGCUAUCACUAUAGCCCUCGAUAUCUCUAUGAGUACGUAUGGGCGUGUCUUCAUCAGGGGAGCUUCACCUUGGCUCGGAAAGAAAGGUUUGUAUCACAAGAAGAGCACAACUCUGGAGCCUGGUUGGAGAGAUUAGCCGAGACUAUUCAAAGAGUCAUCGAAAAGUGGCAUAAUGGUUUUAACUUGGAUGAAAAUAUGUUAUCAUCGAUCCCCACGGAUCUUAAGUAUGGUUUGGUGUCGCUUCCCAACGAGCUUAAAUUUUCAAUAGCAGACCUUUUGUCUCAGCACGACCUUGCUGCUUUCGCACAAACCAGUUCGCACUUCAGUGAUUUGGCAAUCAGAACGUUGUACCAAAAAGACGCAAAAAGCGACAAUCCUAGGGCACUGAUCUGGGCAGUUGCAACUGGGCAAAAGACGAUUGCGGAAAAAGCUUUGAAGGCUGGCACGGACGUUAGUUUGCGGUUCGCCAUCCGAACGCGCGAUACCAGAUUCGAUCAAAGCAUUGUCGGCUUAUUGCAUCUGGCUAUUGUUUGUAGCCAGGGUGAUGCUCUCAUUACGAUCCCUAAUCAGGAUAAAACUUUUGUCCCAUUCGUCGAUGGGAAUAUUGAAGGCCGGAUGGCAGUGAUCCGGCUACUCUUUGGCGCCGAGGCCGAAGUUAAUUUGACGGAUAAUAUGGGUCGCACCCCACUAUCAUACGCCGCUUACUAUAGACUCGAACCCAUGGUUAAAAUGCUCCUUGGUGAGCAUGCUAAAAUCAAUUGGAGGGACAACAAAUGGCACACACCACUAGCUUUUGCCAUUGAGUCAAGAUCCGAAGCCGUGGUGCGGCUGCUUUUGGAGGCGAGGGCUCAAGUGAACGUGAAAGACCACAUCGGCGAAACACCGCUAUCGCUUGCCGCUCAGUAUGGGUCCGAAACCAUUGUGCGGCUGCUUUUGGAAGCGAAGGCAAAAGUGAAUGUAAAAGACCGCAGGGGCCGAACACCGCUAUGGUAUGCAGUUGCAUCUGGAUCCAAAGCCGUAGUACGGCUGCUUUUAGAAGCAAGGGCGAAAGUGAAUUUAGCAGAUUCCGGCCGAACACCACUAUCAUUGGUGUCUAAACAGGAACACAAGGAAAUUUCAGAGCUUCUGCUUGCUGCGAAGGAGGUUGAAGAUAGAAAAUCAAAGGUUCUAAGACUACGGUCCAUACUGCCAAUCUCGCUCCUGCCUUUGGUUCGUGCUAUGAACAGGAAGCUCGCGGAAAUCUAUGGCCUCAGCGACGAAGUCAGCAAAGCACUACGUUCCCAGGCACAGCAACAUGCCAACUUCACGCAGCUAUUUUGGACUGCCAGAGCCUUGGAGUGGGCAUAAACACAUACACGCGGCGACACCCCUUGUUCAAGUUUAUUACCGAAAAUUGCAACUGAUAAGAGAAAAUACGGGGAUAGGGCGUGGAGUGGUGAAUUUAAAGGUAGGUCUGAGGGCCGGAUCAUCAGAAAAUCCAGAUUUAAUAGUGGAAAUUGGUUCAAAUAUUUAAGGAGGAAAACCGGGGUUAUUAUAACUGUGUAGUUAUUUUUAGGUGGCGGUCAUGGGCGAUGGCUGUCAUAGGGUCUCGAACGUUACGUUGAGGAUGCGACGCGCAGUCCACUUGAGGACCCCAAGUCACCCCUAUCCUUGGGAACAGGCGAUCGUAACAACUUGGAAG